AUGGAAAUCUUGCAGCUUCCGCUCUCGCAGCACUUCACCAACACCCGCCUGGAGCAGGCAUACCGGCAGUACAUCGGCACCAUCCAGCUCGGCAACGAUGUGGCGAUGACGCGACUUAUGAUGGCGUAUCAAGCCGUGGCAACCUACAAGACGCUGAAGGAGGCUCAUGAAAUGGACUGGAUGACGAUGUUGAUGAUCUGCAACUUUGCUGUGCUGGGAGCUACCCUGCUGCUGCCCUCAGUCUGGCCGGGGUUGUGGCGGCGGUGGAGGGACGCCAUCAUGCCGCCCUUCCUCGUUUCGCACACGGUCGCCCUGCACAUCUUCCUGGGCACAGAUGUGUUGGCGGUGCAGGCGCUGGUGCUCCAGAGGAGCCUCACCAGCAGGCUCAUCCCGGCUCAGGCCAUCGGGUACAUGGUGUUGGCCUCGUACAACUGGCACCAGGGCCAUGUGGAGACGCUGGCGCUCUACACGCUGCACACUGUGCUGGGUUUGAUCUUACCCUGCAUCAUCGUCUGGCAAGCAGAGUACAAGGCUCGGUACUCCUUCCUGCGAGAGGUGGGCACAGAUGUGUUGGCGGUGCAGGCGCUGGUGCUCCAGAGGAGCCUCACCAGCAGGCUCAUCCCGGCUCAGGCCAUCGGGUACAUGGUGUUGGCCUCGUACAACUGGCACCAGGGCCAUGUGGAGACGCUGGCGCUCUACACGCUGCACACUGUGCUGGGUUUGAUCUUACCCUGCAUCAUCGUCUGGCAAGCAGAGUACAAGGCUCGGUACUCCUUCCUGCGAGAGGCUGCCAAAGCGCGGCCGAUCAGACUGCCACCCCUCACACUCCUGGCACGGUUGAGCUGCCUGUGGCUGCUCCCUGUCUUCAUGCUCGAGGGCCUCACAGGACCCAUGUUCAUCUGUCGUUCCAUGCUGAAGACGGGAUACUCAUGGUGGGCCAUCUAUUCGCUCAUGCUGGCCUGGUCUGGAGCGAUGGUUGUGUAUAAUGCCUACUUCUACAUCCUGGCCUGA